AUGAGUUUCAGAAUUCCAAUCCGUGCUUUAGCCAAAGGAGCGGUAACACGUAGUGCCUUUAGGGUGCAAUCCAUGAGAUUCGCUUCAUCCAAGACCAUGACUGUUAGAGAAGCUUUGAAUGGUGCUAUGGCCGAAGAAAUGGACCGCGACGAUGAUGUCUUUAUUAUCGGAGAAGAGGUCGCACAGUACAAUGGUGCGUAUAAGGUCACCAAGGGGUUGUUGGAUCGUUUUGGUGAGCGCCGUGUUGUCGACACACCGAUUACAGAGUAUGGUUUGGCGGGUUUAGCUGUUGGUGCGGCCUUGAAAGGUUUGAAGCCAAUUGUUGAAUUCAUGUCAUUCAAUUUCUCCAUGCAAGCUAUCGAUCACGUUGUGAACUCAGCAGCUAAGACACAUUACAUGUCCGGUGGUACGCAAAGAUGCCCAAUUGUCUUCAGAGGUCCAAAUGGAGCUGCUGCAGGUGUGGCUGCGCAGCAUUCCCAGGAUUAUAGUGCUUGGUAUGGUUCCAUUCCGGGUAUGAAGGUUCUUGUUCCAUACUCCGCAGAGGAUGCAAGAGGUUUACUGAAGGCUGCUAUUAGAGAUCCAAAUCCUGUUGUUUUCCUAGAAAACGAAUUGCUAUACGGACAGUCUUUUGAAAUGAGUGAGGAAUCAUUAUCACCAGAUUUCACAUUACCAUACAAGGCAAAAGUCGAAAGAGAAGGUUCUGAUAUCUCUAUUAUUACUUAUACCAGAAAUGUUGAAUUUUCGUUAGCGGCUGCAGAGAUUUUAGAUAAGCAAUAUGGAGUUUCUGUUGAGGUAAUUAACUUACGCUCUAUUAGACCAUUAGAUGUUGACGCAAUUGUGAAGUCUUUGAAGAAAACUAACCAUUUGAUUACGGUUGAAUCAACCUUUCCACAGUUUGGUGUGGGCUCUGAAAUUAUCGCCCAAAUCAUGGAAUCAGAAGGUUUUGACUAUUUAGAUGCACCAGUUCAAAGGGUUACUGGUGCCGACGUUCCAACUCCAUACGCAAAGGAAUUGGAAGAUUUUGCUUUCCCAGAUCCAGACACUAUUGUCAGAGCUUGUAAGGAGACUUUAUCUAUUGAUUAG